UCUUCUGCUCCUCUACCACUACUACUCCGAUCCUUUUCCUCGUCUCCCUCUCAAACCACCUCUAGGCUUGCACGACGAGCACCCGCUGCUACCGCCCCCUCUGUCCUCGUAACAAACAACGUUGCCCGCCGCAGCUUCUUCGCUACCAUGUCUGCCAACGUCCCCGUUGUCACGCUGAAUGACGGCAACAAGAUGCCCCAGGUGGGCUUUGGGCUGUGGAAGGUGGACAAUGCCACGUGUGCCGACACGGUUUACAACGCCAUCAAGGCGGGAUACCGGCUGUUUGACGGAGCUUGCGACUACGGCAAUGAGGUCGAGUGCGGACAGGGUGUUGCGCGCGCCAUCAAGGACGGUCUUGUCAAGCGUGAGGAGCUCUUCAUUGUCAGCAAGCUCUGGCAAACGUUCCACGACCGCGAGCAGGUCGAGCCCAUCUGCCGCAAGCAGCUGGCCGACUGGGGCGUCGACUACUUUGACCUGUUCCUCAUCCACUUCCCCGUUGCGCUCAAGUACGUCGACCCCAAGGUGCGCUACCCCCCGGGCUGGUACUACGAUGGCCAGAGCAAGGUGGAGCACAGCAGCGCCAGCCUACAAAGCACAUGGGAGGCCAUGGAGGACCUCAAGACCAAGGGCCUGGCCAAGAGCAUUGGUGUGAGCAACUACAGCGGAGCACUCCUCCUCGACAUGUUCACGUACGCCAAGGUCAAGCCUGCCACGCUCCAGAUUGAGCACCACCCCUACUACGUGCAGCCCAACCUGCUCAAGCUGGCCGACGAGCACAACAUCAAGGUGACUGCCUACUCGUCAUUUGGCCCGCAGAGCUUCCUCGAGUGCGACAUGAAGGUUGCUGCCGACACGCCUCUUCUGUUUGACCACCCUGUCAUCAAGAAGAUUGCCGAUGCCCACGGCAAGACGCCCGCACAGGUUCUGCUCCGCUGGUCGACACAGCGCGGCCUCAGCGUCAUCCCAAAGUCCAACUCGGCCAACCGCCUCGCCCAGAACCUCGACGUGACCAGUUUCGACCUCAAGGACAGCGAGAUUGACGAGAUUUCGGGCCUCGACAAGAACCUCAAGUUUAACGCUCCUACAAACUACGGCAUUCCUUGCUAUGUCUUUGCAUAGACGGUGGCGUUGAAUUUGUUCCCCCCCCCCUCUUUUUUUUCUUGCUUGUUGCUUGUUGCUUGACGAUUUUACGAAUAUAUCAAAGGAUAUCUAUCGGGUCUGGGAGAGUAGGACUGCGUAGG